UUUUCUCCUCAUCUCUCUAUUUCCCGCUUCUUCAGGCAUACCUCCGCCGAGCGAAAUUCGUGGGUUUAGGGUUUUAUCUGUUUUCCGACCUAAGCCUACCAUUUCCCAAUCUCUCUCUCCCACUCUUUGCUAUAGGCUCUCAAUUGCGUCGCAAAGAUGAUGUACAGUGCUGAUCCUCAACAGCAACAGCAACAGCAACAGCAACAGCAGCAGCAGCAACAGCAGCAGCAGCAGCAGCAACAACAACAACAGCAACAGUACAAUCAGCAGCAACAGCAAGGUGGGGACUUUCACCGUGGCCCACCCCCUCCGCCUCCGCAAAUGAUGAGGCAGCCCUCAGCCUCUUCCAGUACUCUCGCCCCAGAAUAUCACCACCCUUCAGCCCCAAACCCUCCUCCUCCUUUCGACGCUCACGGUGACAGUUUUGCUGCAAAAAGAAUGAGAAAGCUUACUCAAAGGAGGGCAGUUCAUUAUACUAGUACUGUUGUGCGAUAUAUGCAGAUUCGAAUGUGGCAGCGAGAUUCAAGGGAUAGAACAACAUUGCAACCUACCCCUGCAGCAGCUAUUGAUGUGUUGCCAACAGUUGCCUAUUCAGAUAAUCCAUCUACAAGCUUUGCUGCAAAAUUUGUACAUACAUCUUUGAACAAAAACCGUUGUUCAAUUAAUCGGGUUUUGUGGACUCCUACUGGGAGACGACUAAUCACAGGCUCUCAAAGUGGGGAAUUCACUCUUUGGAAUGGACAGUCCUUUAAUUUUGAAAUGAUUCUUCAGGCCCAUGAUCAAGCCAUCAGGUCUAUGGUAUGGAGUCACAAUGACAACUGGAUGGUCUCUGGUGAUGAUGGGGGAUCAAUAAAGUAUUGGCAGAAUAACAUGAAUAACGUUAAGGCCAAUAAAUCUGCUCAUAAAGAAUCAGUCAGGGACUUAAGUUUCUGUAGGACAGACCUGAAGUUCUGCUCCUGCUCAGAUGAUACUACUGUUAAAGUUUGGGACUUUGCUCGGUGCCAAGAAGAGCGUUCAUUGUCUGGCCAUGGUUGGGAUGUGAAGAGUGUUGACUGGCACCCUACAAAAUCUCUGCUAGUUUCAGGUGGGAAAGACAACCUUGUAAAACUUUGGGAUGCCAAAACGGGAAGAGAGCUUUGUUCGUUCCAUGGCCACAAAAAUGUGGUGCUUUGUGUCAAAUGGAACCAAAAUGGUAACUGGGUGCUAACUGCUUCAAAGGAUCAAAUCAUCAAGCUCUAUGACAUUAGGGCUAUGAAGGAGCUUGAAUCUUUCCGUGGGCAUAGGAAAGAUGUGACUGCUUUGGCUUGGCAUCCGUUUCAUGAAGAAUACUUUGUCAGUGGGAGUUUUGAUGGGUCCAUUUUCCAUUGGCUUGUUGGGCAUGAAACUCCCCAGGUAGAAAUUCCUAAUGCACAUGAUAAUGCUGUGUGGGACCUUGCAUGGCAUCCUAUAGGAUAUCUUCUUUGCAGUGGUAGCAAUGAUCACACUACAAAGUUCUGGUGCAGAAAUAGGCCUGGGGACACUGCUCGCGAUAAAUUUAGCAUGGGUCAGACCCAAGGUUAUGGUGAGCAAAACCCUGUUUUUGGUGGUCGCAUGACUGGUGGUUUCCCGGUACCUGAAGGGCCAACAACUCCUGGACCAUUUGCUCCUGGGUUGACUCGAAAUGAAGGAAAUAUUCCUGGUGUUGGAGUUGCAAUGCCAUUGUCUAUUCCAUCUCUAGAUCCAUCAGCUCAGGGAGAUCAAAAACAGCCUCUUCCAGGUUCAAUGCCUUUAGGGGCGCCUCCUCUCCCUCCUGGUCCACAUCCCUCCCUUCUUGUUGCCAACCAGCAGCAGGCAUAUCAACAAAAUCCACAGCAGAUCCCACAACACCACCACCACCAACAACACCAGGGACUCCCACAGCAAAUGUCUGCUUUGCCUAUGCCACCUCCAAAUAUGGCACAGCUACAGCCUCCAUCUCAUAUGCCCUUACUUCCGCAUCCCCAUUUAUCUCGGCCUCCACCCCAAAUGGCCCCACUUGGUAUGCCUUCAUCAAUCCCAUCUUCAAUGCCAGGAUCGAUGCCUAUGCCUGGUCCAGUGGGGAUGCAAGGUACAAUGAAUUUACCGCAAGGCCAUUUUAUGGGCUUGAACGCCAUGCCUUCAGGAUCUUUAUCUACAAGUGGAGCACCUCCACCAGUUGGAAGUUUUCCAAACGGCUUGCCAAAUAUGCAAGGCCCAUCAAAUGCAAGUGGGCCCCAAAUGUAUCCUCAGGGUGGGAUGUAUAACCGGUCACAAGGUGGACAAAUGUCAAUGAUGCCAGGGUAUAAUCCCUACCAGUCUGGUAAUCAGUCUGGUAUGCCUCAACACCCGCCACCAGGUCCACCAUCGCACACCCAAGCACCUCAAUAGACCAUUCUUGAGACAGAGUAUCACACUUGCAAGCGCUGGCGUCUAUGCCAGAAGGGAAAGCAAUCUCUCUUGGGCAACUCUCAUAUCAGUGUUAAUCCUCCCAUCUUGUUCUCUUUUUUCUUAUUUUUGUUCUUUUGGUCAUCAAUUAACUUAUUUAGCUUAUGAUAUCUUUCAAAUAUUUGAUGAGAUGGCUUUGGCUGAUCAUCUAAAGAUUCAUUGUAAUUUGCUAGUUUGGUAGGAUUCUCAUCUGGUUUUGCUAUACGUUUGGUUGGGUGAUGAGGAUCAUGGCCAACCCCAAAAACUCCGCUGGUACUAAUUUUGGGCUUUUGGAGUUACAUGGCUCAUCAACUUGCUGUAAUUUUUCUCUUCAUGCUAAUGAUGAUUUGCUAUUCUGCUGUC